UUCUAGCUCCUAAAUGAAGUUUUCAGUUGCAUCCAAGAAAGGAAUCACAGUUCAUCCAGAAAAUUAUUUAGUUAUGAGAUUAAAUAUUCUUUUCUUACUUCCACCAAACAAGUCAACAAGUCAUAUUCCUUGUCUAUUCAAUUAUAUAUAUAGUACACCAUUAUGCAAUUAUGAUUAACUGUUUUAUUCAUCAAGUUGGGAAGAUGGGAAUGGCUAUGAGUUUCAUGGGAAAAGGGGUGCCUUCAACCCAAAUGGUAGGCUUUGUUAUGGGAACAUUAUACAAACAAUUUGUGGAAAGAGAUAUCAAGACAUUUGAGGAAUUCCACAUUGCAAUUCUAGAUAUCUUCAACUCAUUUAACUCCGCAUUGCCUGGUAAACAUUAUGAUGCACCCCCGAGAAAAGAAGUACAGGAAUGUUUUAAUGGCUGGAAAAAUGCAAAAUCAGAGACAGAAAGAAAAGAACUAUUUAUUAAUUUCAUGAAAAAUAACAUAAAUCUGAACCAAUUAGACGACGCGUCGAUGUUGACCGGAAUAGUAACGCCUCCGGCAGCCAUGGCGGCAAAGAGAGCUGCAGAGAAUGUGCCGCAGCUGAAAUUAAUAAAACAUGUUCCUGAUGUAGUAUUUGUGCCUGCUGCAACUAUAUUGGCACUCAUCUCUGUCAAGCUUACAAGAAAAAUGUUCUUAGGAAAUUCGGGUUCUCCAUAAAUUUUAAUUACAGAUUGAAAAUCAAGUUUAUUAAUGUGCAACUAAUUGAUUUUGCAUUGCUAAUAAAUUAAAAUUCUGAUUUUUAAAUAUUAA